GCCCCGUGAGCGCAGGAGUAAACACCGGCGGAGUGUGGGAGCCGCUGCAGAAGGGAAUAAAGAGACAUGCAGGGAUUUGUGAGGUUACGGCGCCCCAGCUGCAAGAUGCACUAGCCGGCUGAAGCCGGCGAGGAUUGACUUGUUGGAACCGUAGUGCUCUGCACCGGAGUGUGGAUGAGUUGAAGUUGCUUUCCCCGGGCUCGUUCUCCACGCCGCCGAGAGGAAUCCGAGCGGAGAGGCAGUCACUUCGUCUUGCCAUUGAUUGGGUAUCGGGAGCUUUUUUUCUUCCCUGCUCUCUUUCUUUUCCUCCGUCUUGUUGCAUGCAAGAAAAUUACAGUCCGCUGUUCGCCCGCCCUGGGUGCGAGAUCUUCUGCCCGGCUCUCUCCCGUGCAUUGUGCAGCCCAAAGAUGAAAGACCGAAGGGGAGAAAGUUAAAGAAAUCGCCCACAUGCGCUGGAUCAGUCCACGGCUUGGGGAAAGGCAUCCAGAGAAGGUGGGAGCGGAGAGUUUGAAGUCUUUACAGGCGGGAAGAUGGCGGACUGGAGCUGAAAGUGUUGAUUGGGAAACUUGGGUGAUUCUUGUGUUUAUUUACAAUCCUCUUGACCCAGGCAGGACACAUGCAGGCCAAAAAACGCUAUUUCAUCCUGCUCUCAGCUGGCUCUUGUCUCGCCCUUUUGUUUUAUUUUGGAGGCGUGCAGUUUAGGGCAUCAAGGAGCCACAGCCGGAGAGAAGAGCACAGUGGUCGGAAUGGCUUGCACCAGCCCAGUCCGGAUCAUUUCUGGCCCCGCUUCCCGGACGCUCUGCGCCCCUUCUUUCCUUGGGAUCAAUUGGAAAACGAGGAUUCCAGCGUGCACAUUUCCCCCCGGCAGAAGCGAGACGCCAACUCGAGCAUCUACAAAGGCAAGAAGUGCCGCAUGGAGUCCUGCUUCGAUUUCGCCCUUUGCAAGAAAAACGGUUUCAAAGUCUACGUCUACCCGCAGCAGAAAGGGGAGAAAAUCGCCGAAAGUUACCAAAACAUUCUAGCGGCCAUCGAGGGCUCCAGGUUCUACACCUCGGACCCCAGCCAGGCGUGCCUCUUUGUCCUGAGUCUGGAUACUUUAGACAGAGACCAGUUAUCACCUCAGUAUGUGCACAAUUUGAGAUCCAAAGUGCAGAGUCUCCACUUGUGGAACAAUGGUAGGAAUCAUUUAAUUUUUAAUUUAUAUUCUGGCACUUGGCCUGACUACACCGAGGACGUGGGGUUUGACAUCGGCCAGGCGAUGCUGGCCAAAGCCAGCAUCAGUACUGAAAACUUCCGACCAAACUUUGAUGUUUCUAUUCCCCUCUUUUCUAAGGAUCAUCCCAGGACCGGAGGGGAGAGGGGGUUUUUGAAAUUUAACACCAUCCCUCCUCUCAGGAAGUACAUGCUGGUAUUCAAGGGGAAGAGGUACCUGACAGGGAUAGGGUCAGACACCAGGAAUGCCUUAUAUCACGUCCAUAACGGGGAGGACGUCUUGCUCCUCACCACCUGCAAGCAUGGCAAAGACUGGCAAAAGCACAAGGAUUCUCGCUGUGACAGAGACAACACCGAGUAUGAGAAGUGAG